CUUGGUGCAAAUCCAAGUAGCAGCUAUGCACCUCACCCCCAUCAUAAUAGCCACCACCCUAGUUCUCAUUUUUUUACUUCUUACAUUUCCAGUCCUCUCCUCCUUUUCUCCGCGCCCUCUCCCCCCAAACUGAGCCCUAACCCAAGUUAAAACUGCAGUAAAAUGAGCCUUUUUUGCUAGCAUUCUUCCUCUCUGCCUUUUUCUCAAUGAAGGCGCAGAAACAAUUAUUACCAACUGCGCUUGAAUAAAUACCCACACUUUUGACAUCAACAUCAGUCUUAAGUUUGAUAUUUAUUCAGUCAUCUUCACCCCCGUCGCCCUAUAUGUCACGUGAUCAAUCCUAGAAUUUGCCUCCUGAUACAUACACGCCGACCCCUACAUAAACCGAUUCUUUAAGUACCUAUUAAUUUUCCUCAUUGCCAUGAUUAUUCUUGUAACCGCAAACAAUAUGUUCCAACUAUUUAUCGGCUGAGAAGGGGUCGGAAUUAUAUCUUUUCUUCUUAUUGGCUGAUGAUAUGGCCGCACAGACGCAAACACCGCUGCCCUUCAGGCAGUAAUCUAUAACCGAGUUGGGGAUAUUGGUUUAAUUUUUGCUAUAGCUUGAAUUGCGACCUCCCUUAACUCUUGAGAAAUACAACAAAUAUUUACAUUAUCCAAAGACUUUGACCUAACUUAUCCCCUUAUUGGCCUUAUUAUUGCUGCUACCGGCAAGUCCGCCCAAUUCGGCCUCCAUCCAUGGCUUCCUUCUGCCAUAGAAGGUCCUACACCGGUCUCUGCCCUACUGCACUCAAGCACCAUAGUCGUAGCAGGUAUUUUUCUCCUCAUUCGUAUAAGCCCAAUGUUAGAAAACAACCAAACUGCCCUCACUAUUUGCCUUUGCCUAGGGGCCCUCACCACCCUAUUUACCGCAACCUGCGCCCUCACCCAGAAUGACAUUAAAAAAAUUGUUGCUUUCUCAACAUCAAGUCAACUAGGCCUAAUAAUAGUUACAAUCGGACUCAACCAACCCCAACUUGCCUUCCUUCACAUCUGCACCCACGCAUUCUUUAAGGCUAUACUCUUCCUCUGCUCAGGGUCUAUCAUUCACAGCCUAAACGACGAACAAGACAUCCGAAAAAUGGGGGGCAUGCACCACCUAACCCCUUUUACAUCUUCCUGUUUAACCAUCGGAAGUCUAGCUCUCACAGGGGCCCCCUUCUUAGCAGGCUUCUUUUCAAAAGAUGCCAUCAUUGAAGCCCUAAACACAUCUUACCUAAACGCCUGAGCCCUCUUCCUCACCCUCCUAGCCACUUCCUUCACCGCUAUCUAUAGCCUCCGAGUUGUUUUCUUUGUAUCAAUAGGACAUCCCCGCUUCAACCCGCUCUCCCCUAUUAAUGAAAAUAACCCAACAGUUAUUAACCCCAUCAAACGUCUUGCCUGAGGAAGUGUAGUCGCCGGCCUCCUAAUCACCUCCAACAUUACCCCUCUAAAAACACCAGUUAUGUCCAUACCCUUUCUUCUCAAAGCUGCCGCCCUCGUAGUAACCAUUAUUGGCCUUCUUACCGCACUAGAACUUGCCUCCCUUACCAACAAACAAUAUAACCCAACUCCAAAACUUGCCCCCCAUCAUUUUUCUAACAUACUAGGAUUCUUUCCAAUAAUUAUCCACCGCCUCACCCCCAAACUAAGCCUGACUCUAGGACAAACCAUCGCCUCCCAAACGGUUGACCAAACAUGACUAGAAAAAAUUGGCCCAAAAGCAACUGCCUCCCUCAGCCUCCCUUUAAUUACAACAACCAAUAACAUUCAACAAGGCAUAAUCAAAACCUAUCUCUCUCUUCUUCUUCACCUUCGGCCUAGCUCUUCUACUGUUACUUUAUUAAACAGCUCGAAGAGCCCCCCGACUUAAGCCCCGUGUUAACUCCAACACCACAAGCAACGUCAACAACAACACUCAAGCCCCUAUUACCAAGACGCCCCCGCCAGCCGAAUACAUCAAAGCUACCCCUCCAAUAUCCCCCCGAAAAACCGAGAAUUCAGCAAAUUCGUCGGCUGAAACUCAAGCGCCCUCAUAUCACCCCCCUCAAAAUAGCCCCGCUGCCGCACACACCCCUAGUACAUAAGCCAUUAUGACCCCUAGGACCGGCCAACUCCCUCAGCCCUCCGGAUAAGGUUCAGCAGCUAACGCUGCUGAAUAUGCAAACACUACCAACAUCCCCCCCAAAUAGAUCAAGAAUAAAAUUAAAGAUAAGAAAGAUCCUCCAUGCCCCACCAACACCCCACACCCCAUGCCUGCUACUGCAACCAGCCCCAACGCCGCAAAAUACGGCGAGGGGUUAGAAGCAACCGCUGCAAGCCCCAACACCAGCCCUAACAAGAAAAUAAACAUAAUAUAAACCAUAGUUUCUGCCAGGAUUUUAACCAGGACCAAUGACUUGAAAAACCACCGUUGUUAUUCAACUACAAAAACAAUAA